AGAGAGAGGAUCUCUCCCUUCUUUUCUCAUCUCUUCUUGGCCUCUGUUUUCUCCUUAUUCUCUUCUCCGAUUAACAAAGAGAGAACAGAGUCUUGCAGAAAAAAUGGGAACGCUUCAGAGCUGGCGUAAAGCCUAUGGAGCACUCAAGGAUACCACAAUGGUCGGCCUGGCCAAGGUCAACAGCGAAUACAAGGAUUUGGAUAUUGCUAUUGUCAAGGCUACGAAUCAUGUCGAAUGCCCUCCUAAGGAACGGCACGUUAGAAAAAUAUUUUCUGCUACCUCUGUUGCCCAACCCCGGGCUGAUGUUGCUUACUGCAUUCAUGCACUUGCGAGAAGAUUGGCCAAGACGCGUAACUGGAUUGUUGCUUUGAAGACAUUGAUAGUUAUUCAUAGAACAUUGAGAGAGGGUGAUCCGACCUUCAGGGAGGAGCUGUUAAACUACUCACACAGAGGACAUGUACUUCAAAUAUCGAAUUUCAAGGAUGACUCUAGCCCCCUUGCUUGGGAUUGCUCUGCAUGGGUCCGUUCAUAUGCACUUUUUCUGGAGGAACGGCUUGAGUGUUUUAGGAUUUUGAGGUAUGAUAUUGAAGCAGAACGUAUGAGUAAAUUCUCACAUGGUGGAAACAAGGGACAUAGCAGGACAAGAGUUUUAGGUAGCGAAGAACUGUUGGAGCAGUUGCCUGCCUUACAGCAGCUGCUAUAUCGCCUGGUCGGUUGCCAGCCUGAGGGAGCAGCUUUUAGCAACUACCUUAUACAGUAUGCUUUGGCUCUGGUACUGAAAGAGAGCUUUAAAAUAUAUUGUGCCAUCAAUGAUGGAAUUAUCAAUCUUGUGGAUGUGUUCUUUGACAUGUCAAGACAUGAUGCGGUAAAAGCUCUCAAUACCUACAAACGAGCAGGGCAACAGGCUGAAAAUCUUGCUUAUUUUUAUGAAUUCUGCAAAGGGUUGGAUCUUGCUAGGAACUUUCAGUUUCCAACUUUGAGACAGCCACCUCCAUCCUUUCUUGCAACAAUGGAGGAAUACAUAAGAGAAGCACCUCGCAUAGGUUCUGUUUCAAAUAAGAGACUGGAGUAUAAUGAUAAAAAUGAAGUGCAGCAGAAACAGGAACCUGAGCCUGAGAAAAUUGAAGAACCUGUUGAAGAAGUUGAUGCUGAGGAUAAAAAACCAAUUAAAGAACCAGAAGAGGAACCCCAGCCUGAGAAUGAGGUUGAAUCUCCCAUAGUGGAAUCUGCUCCAGAUACUGGAGAUUUGCUCGGUUUGAAUGAGAUACACCCUAAAGCUGCAGAGCUAGAGGAAAGCAAUGCAAUGGCUCUGGCAAUCAUACCAUCUAAGGGUGAUCUAUCUUCAACAAAUGGGUUGGCAAUGAUUGAAGCUAGUGGUUCAGGAUGGGAACUAGCCCUUGUGACGACUUCAACCAACAAUACCAGCCACACAACAGAAAGCAAAUUGGCUGGUGGGUUUGACAAGCUCUUGCUUGAUAGCUUGUAUGAGGAUGACACAGCCAGGAGACAACUACAACUACAGAAUGCAGGCUAUGGAGUUGGCGGCAUAAAUGCGCCGCAACAGAAUGAAGGCUACGGAGUUGGUUUCGGUGUUCAUAGCCAGUUCAAUCCACAAGAUCCAUUUUCAAUGUCCAAUAGCGUCGCACCCCCAACUAAUGUACAGAUGGCCCUAAUGACUCAGCAGCAGCAGCAACAACAGAUGAUGCUGCAACAACAACACCAUCAACAACAAAUGAUGGUACCCUACCAAUAUAACCCCCAGUAUCCACAGCAACCAAUGCAGCAAAUGGAAUCAACCAACCCAUUUGGAGAUCCAUUUUUCGGCCCCUCACAAAGUUUACCUCCACAGCAAGGACACCAUAGCUUAAUAUAGAGAUCAUCUUUUUUUUUUUCCUUUAAUAUAUAUAUAUUUUUUCUUUUCAGAAAUUGGGGGGGG